GUCCCAAGGGUGCCAAUAGGGCUCGUAGACGCAAUUUAGGUUUCCAAAAUUGGUUGUAGUACCGCGUGGAUGCAAGGAGGAGGCGCGUCUCUUGGGCGACGGUGCGCGACGCUGAUCCUCGAAAAGGCACCAAGCCCUCCACACUGCUGCAUACGACCAGCGAUCACGCACGGAAUCCAGCAAUCGCUGCGGCUCUCGCUCAAAGGACUUGCUGUCCAAGCUUGUAGGCUUGCAGUCGGGCCCGCGGCACGAUGCUGCGCACACUGCUGCGGCUAGCGGCCCUCGCGCUGCUCGCCGAGGGGUCGGUGACCCGGCGCCUGCUGACGAGCUGGCUCGGGCCGCGCACCAAGGGCGAGCUCGCCGCGCGGUCCGCGGCGGCGAGCGAGCUCUACCUGCUGCGGGGCGGCUCGACGAAAACCCGGAAAAAGAAGAAGGCCAAGAAGAAGGUUGUUGUUGAAGAGGAAGAGGAGGAAGACGAGGAGGAAGAAGCCCCGGAAGUUGUGGAACGGCCGCCGCCGCCGCCGCCGCGCGACUUCCCCACGGCGUCCGUCGACGCGUCUAUUUCCGACCUCGACGCUUCCAGUAUAGAGCUGUCCGACGACGCCCUCGCCACGCUGGAUCUCGACGAGGGCGACUGCGUCCGCGUCCACGGGUCUAGGCGGCAAAAGUCAGUCGCGCGCGUUUCAAGAUUAGACCAAUCGACAGAAGGUGCCGCAGCCGUACUCUCAAAGAACGUCGCGGACAACGCCGCCUUCACCGGUAGUGCCGUCACGCUGCACGGCGUGCAGCUAGGAGAAGCUUUAUCUUGUUCGGUAGCACCAUUAAGGGAAACCCUACCAGAACCGCUCAAGGACGCCCUUGGAAGUGACGACGCCGCAGCAGAUGACAUAGCAUUUGACGGCUGUCUAGCCCCGUACUUUGGGGGGAAAGAACGACCCGUAUCGCUCAAUCAGAUCUUCACGGCGCCGCUCGACAUGGACGGCGAGACCUACGACGUCCAGUGGAAGGUCGUGAGUAUCGAGGGCGCCUACUCGGGAGACGAGGCCAUCAUCGGUUCAACAACCACAUUAAUAUGCGAUUCGCCUUAUGACGAUGAAUCAUUAACGAUGCCUACUUAUGCUGAUGUUGGGGGAUGCAGUCAUCACAUCGAUGUGUUGCGGGAGGUCCUGGAGAUGCCCUUGCAUUCGCCUGAGCUAUUUCGAUCACUAGGUGUGGAUCCCCCUCGAGGUGUGUUGUUGCAUGGCCCGCCGGGCUGUGGCAAGACCACCUUACUGAGAGCGGCGGCCUACGAGUCGGGAGCCCACGUCGAGCAGCUGAACGGCGGCGACGUCGCGUCCAAGAAGUCCGGCGAAGCAGAAGAGUUGUUAAGAGCUAAAUUUGCGUCCGCGGAACGAAACGCGCCCUCCGUCGUCAUGAUCGACGAGCUCGAAGCCAUCGCCCAGAAGCGGGACAAGGCCGACUCGGAGCAGGACAAGCGGGUCUGUGCUCAGUUGUUGACACUGAUGGACGGUCUACGAAGUAAUUCCGGUGUUGUCGUAUUGGCAGCCACGGGCGCGCCCAACGAAUUGGAUGCGGCGGUCCGACGGUUCGGUAGACUAGACAGAGAGGUAGCCCUGGAGGUGCCCGACGAGGCGGCGAGACGGGAAAUCCUCACAGUGAAGACGCGACAUAUGGCUUUGGAGGACGAUGUGGACUUGGACGACGUCGCGCGAGAUUGUCAUGGUUUCGUCGGGGCGGAUCUGGCGCAACUGUGCACGGAAGCCGCUUUACUGUGUGUGAGAGGCGCAUUACGCGACGCCGAGUCGAACGCGCCCUUCACGGAAGGCAUGCUCGAUGAGGAACGGCAGGAGGCCUCCUGGGCGGCUUUGGCCGAGCAGUUGGACCUGGACCCGGACCACCUCAAAGUCUCGAAGGCGCACUUCACAAAAGCGGCCAAGACGUGCAAUCCUUCCUCGCUGCGAGAGUCGGUCGUCGAGGUGCCCGACGUCUCCUGGGCCGACGUCGGCGGCCUCGAGAACGUGAAGACGGAGCUGAAAGAGACGGUUGAAUAUCCCGUGCAAUUUGCCGGAGAAUAUGAGAAAUUUGGCAUGCCUCCUUCGAAGGGCGUGCUGUUUUAUGGCCCUCCCGGUUGCGGUAAAACUCUCAUUGCCAAGGCUGUUGCCAAUGAAUGCGGGGCGAACUUCAUCUCCGUGAAAGGGCCUGAAUUGUUGACGAUGUGGUUCGGCGAGUCCGAGGCGAACGUCCGAAGCUUGUUCGAUAAAGCUCGCGCGGCCGCCCCGUGCAUCCUGUUCUUCGACGAGAUGGAUUCUAUUGCCAAAGCUAGAUCCGGAAGUUCAGGCGGCUCGGAGGCGGGAGACCGCGUCAUGAACCAGAUCCUCGCGGAGAUCGACGCCGUGGGCCAGAAGAACGUUUUUGUGAUCGGUGCGACGAACCGGCCCGACAUCCUGGAUCCUGCUGUGACACGGCCAGGUCGCUUGGACCAGCUCAUCCAUAUUCCUUUGCCUGAUAGGGACUCGAGACUAUCCGUCUUCCAGGCAUCACUCAGGAAAGCGCCUCUAGAUCCAAAGGUAAACCUGGAAAAAUUAGCGGACUUCACGGAGGGUUUUUCGGGGGCGGACAUCUCCGAGAUCUGCCAGCGCGCGGCCAAGAACGCGGUCAAGGACGCCGUCCGGCGCGAACAGGCCGGCGAGGCGCAACUCCCCUUCGUGUCCAAGGAGCACUUCGAGGAGGCCGUCUCGCGGGCGCGCAAGUCGAUCCCCCAGUCGGAGAUCGACCGCUACAACUCCUUCGACGAGUCGAUGAAGACGUCGGCCAAGUCGACGGCGACGCAAGUCUUCUCCUUCGCGCAGAAGGGCUGGGUGUCGGCGGCCGACGCGUCCACGCCGCCGGGCGACGCGCCUUCAUCAUCCGAGGAGCCGUCCUACCCCUAGAGUAAAGGUCGUUACUCAGA